AUGGCGGCGCAAUCUUCGGAAAAUGCCCAAAUCCCCGAGAAAUCACAAAGCAAUGUACUAGUCGUGGGUGCAGGCCCAGUUGGGCUUGCUAUCGCCCUGAGACUUGCGCUAGCUGGUAUCGUGGUCGAUGUGGUAGAGAAGGAGUCAAAGCUAGGCGAGGAACCUCGUGCUGUGGCUUAUUACGCGAGCGCACUGAUUGCCUUGGAUAAGAUGGGGGUGAUACCGGAUAUGGAGAAGGCAGGGUUUGUUUCUGAGGGGUUUUGUUGGCGUAAGCCAAUCCGUGCCGAUGGCCAGGGAGGCUUCGCGAUGGGUGACGUGAUCGCUUGUUUGCCUAUUCCUCGAGAUAUGAAAGAGUCCCAUGGUGUUGGUGGGAUCUUGUAUCUACCGCAGCCAGAGCUGACCAAACUGUUAUUCGAGAAGGCAGCCGCAACUGGCUUGGUCACUGUGCAUUUUGAAGAAACCCUCAUCAGAAUUGACCAAAAUGCGUUAGGUGUCAGAGCCACGACCAGGAGAGGUGAUACAGAGACAGCAUUCCAAACAUCCUAUCUGGUGGGUGCUGAUGGCGGCCAGUCGGCUACCAGGAGGCUGUUGGGUAUUCCUCUAAAAGGACACAGCUGGCCAGAGAAACUAAUGUCCAUCGAUUUUCUAUUCGAGGAUCCAGAUCUCGACGCCAAGUUCCCAAGUCAGUUCAUUGUACACCCGAUAUCCUGGGGCAUUGUCACUCCGUUAAAACCCGUCGAGGCUGGAAAGCGGACCCUAUACCGGUGUGCUGUUAGCUUGGACCCAGAAGACCAGACCCCAGUUGAUGAAAUGAAUUCAACAGCUCAUGUCAUUUCACUUCUGGAGAAAAUGCUUCCUGGCCCUAGGCCAAUCAACGCAGAAGUAAUCAAGUCUUCUCUCUAUCGAAUCCACCAAUUGUGUGCUUCUACUUUCAGAAGGGGAAGAUGUGUGCUCGCGGGAGAUGCAGCUCAUCUUAACAAUCCCAUGGGUGGUAUGGGACUUUCAACAGGCCUGAUUGACUCCGAAGCCCUAUGCGAUAUCCUCGAGAUGAUUAUUCUUGAAGGGAAGUCGUCUGACCUGCUUGAUAUAUAUGCGAACGAGAGAGCAAAAGCAUUUCAGAUGUUUGUUGACCCUCAAAGUACGCAGAAUAAACUUCGAGUCCAAAGUGACCCUGAAUUAGCCCACGAAAAUUGGUUGCUCCGGCAGCUGAAUAGCACAUCUCCCAAGUUUUUGGAAGAGUUCGGGUUGCCAUUUUUCCAACAGUGGAGGGUGGAUAUGAAGGAAGUAGUCUCACGGAUAUCGUAG